UUCAUUUCACUUUGCUCGGUCUCCCCAUGCAGUCCAAUCUCCUCAACAGGACCUCAACCAAGCGCGCGCUGAUGGAACGCAGUGCAGCGCCGAAGCAGCAACAGAGUCCGUGCAUUGAUAAGCUCGGCAAGAGAUCGCAUUACUGCCGCUACUACGACAUUCAAUAUGGUUCUGUACUCAUGGGUACUUCUGUGAAGAAGCGAGAGAGGGUGGCACCGCAUGGACUGGUGAGCGAGCCAAGAUGCCAGGUGGAUGGGUGUGGCAAGGGCUUGGUCGAGGCGAAGGCGUACCACCGGCGGCACAAGGUGUGUGAGCUGCAUUCUAAGGCGGCUGUGGUUCUGGUGCUUGGUUCACAGCAGCGGUUUUGUCAGCAAUGUAGCAGGUUUCAUUUUGUAUCAGAGUUUGAUGACUCGAAGAGGAGUUGCAGAAGGAGGUUGGCCGGUCACAAUGAGCGCCGGAGGAAGACUACCCACGAUUCCAUUGCCAGGAACUCUUCUUUCGAAAUCGGAAUGAUGGAUGGUAGAAUUGAUCACAUAUCAUCAACUUCAUCCAGAUGUUAUGCUCUCUCUCUUCUGUCAUCCAAUUCAUCUCCAAAUUGCAUAUCAGCAUCCGACCUCUCCUCCCUAUCCAGAGUUGCUUUACUAGAAUUGAUUGCUGAAAACCGUGCCUCCAUACUUGCUGGGCAGCUCUCUUCUCAUCGUAGUUGUUGGCGAGACACCACUGACACAGGAGGUUCAGGCGCCCUUCUCUCUAACAACUUUCCACAAGUAGUCCAACAAGUGCCAUCUCAAGAACCUGCUCUGGAUUCAAGUAGCUGGAAUGAGCUCCAGCAAGCCAGAACUCAAGUGACCCUAGGCCUCAUGCAGAUGCCUCCUGGCUCUUCAUUUGAGUUCCUCUCUGCAGGUAGGAACAAGGAUGAGGAUGAGUGCCGUGAGUUUUACAAGUCUUUUGAGGGCAAGCAGUUGUUUUGAAAAUAUGUGACAUAAAUUAACCUGAUCCUCUCUGUUCAACAAAUUCUAUCUUAAUCGAAGAGAAGUUUCUGGGAAAGAAGUGAUUGAUUCUGCAGCAUGAUUA